AUGGCCGACAACGUGGGACUCACGACGCCACGGGGCAGCGGCACCUCCGGCUACGUCCAGAAGAACCGCUCACUGCUCAGACCGCGCGACAAGAUUGCGCCGUACCAGAAGGAUUCCGACCACGCACGACACCGACCGCGCCAGCCAGACGCCGAGAUCCUCGAGCAUGAGGCCAAGCGCGACAUCGAAGUCAAAGUCUUCGAGCUGAGGGACAAGCUUGAGGAGGACGGUGUCGACGAAGACGAGAUCGACGACCAAUGCGAAGCCCUGCGCCGGAAGCUCGACCAGGACCGGAAAGACGGGAGAGACCUCGGCCCCAACGCCAAACGGCUGAAGUCGCAUCAGGUCCACGACCUUGCCAAGGCAAAGGCCGAAGAGAGCGACAGGAUGAGGAAAGCACUGGGCAUCAGCGAGGACUACGAGGAAGGCAGUCACUGGCGGAAGCAGGAGGAGCGGCUGCGCGAGUCGCUGGCGAAGCGCGAGGCUGAAGACGACGAGAAGGCCGAGCGAGCGAAGGAUGCGCGCCGGUACAGGGAGGAUGACUCUGACUGA